AUGAGGCAGAAGAGAUGGUUUGAGUUGAUCAAGGAUUAUGAUUGCACCAUCAAUUAUCACCCAAACAAAGCUAAUGUUGUAGCCGACGCCCUAAGUAGGAAGUCAAUGGGAUCGGCAGUUGCAGCCCUUACCACUCAACAUAGGUUGUUAAUGGACUUAGAAAGAGCCAGUAUUGAGAUCAUCGCUAGUGAUACAAAUGCUUUCAUGGCCAGUUUGGUAGUUCAACCAGCCUUGAUAGACAGAAUCAAAGUUUCUCAGCAAGUGGACUCAGGGUUGGUGAAGCUAGUGGAAGAAUUCAGGAACAGGGACAAAUCUGAUUUUAAUGUUUCUGAGGAUGGAGUUUUGAGGUUUAGAGGUAGAUUGUGCAUUCUUGCUGAUGAUGCACUAAAAAGGGUGAAGGCGGAGCAUCAUAGACCAGCAGAAUUUUUACAGCCACUCCAGAUUCCAAAGUGGAAGUGGGAGCAUAUCUCCAUGGACUUUGUGAGAGGCCUACCAAGAACAUUGAAUGGACAAGAUGCCAUAUGGGUGAUCGCAGAUUGCUUAACGAAGACAGCUCGUUUUGUGCCCAUCAAAGUUUCUUUUAAACUGGAGAAACUAGCCAAGCUGUAUGUGUAG